GCGAGGGGCACCACAGACGCCUCUGUUCCCUAAGACUUUUCUGCUGAAAAGUUUCCAAAGGCUCUUCACCUCUUCUCUUUUCUAAGGCUCGGAGAACGGUCCCCACCGCCUGAGAGUGGCGGCGAACAGGGCGAGGACCGUGAUUUAUACAUUAGAGUCCAGGGGGCACGAGGCUCCGCCCCCCUUUUUUUCUCUUUUAGCUGCUUGUGGGGGAGGAGGGGUUCUUUUUGACUGUGCGUGUGUGUGUUUCUGCUCCAGAUCUUUCCUGGACAGUAGUCUCAGCAGCAGAGAUCCGGAGGCCACCCGUCGCGGGCGGAGGACGUGGGGGGGGGGGGGAGGGCUUGAGGCACUCACCGCCUCCCGGUCCCUUCCUAAAGAAGCCACUCGGCCUCAGCGGGGCGCUCGGCGACUUCAGCUGGCCGCGCUGGCCAUUGGAGUGUGCGGCUGAGGAGGGAGUAAGUUGAGAGCGCAGCGCAGUCAGUCCCGGGCAGCAGCUGCAAGAUGCCGAGCGCGCAGUCCAGACCCGAAGCUCCGCGAACGCAGCUUCGUCCCGCCUGAGCCAGGCUGCAGUUUCCGAGGCCCUCUCCAGCCAAGGAAAAGCUACACACAAAGCCUGGAUCGUUCUCCCUGAGCCACCCCCGGCUGCAAGGGAAGGCUCACCCCGCCCCGCCCUCUAGCGUUCGUCUGGAGAAGCGCCACCCCGGGUUCCUGGGGACAGCGCGCAUCAUGGGGUCCACCAGCAUCCCGCUGGUCAAGGCCCUCCGCAGCUCUGUCUCCGACUAUGUCAACUAUGAUAUCAUCGUCCGGCAUUACAACUACACGGGAAAGCUGAACGUCAGCGCAGACAAGGAAAAUGGCAUUAAACUGCUCUCCGUGGUGUUCAUUCUCAUCUGCUGCUUUAUCAUCCUAGAGAAUAUCUUUGUUUUGCUGACCAUUUGGAAAACCAAGAAGUUCCACCGCCCCAUGUACUAUUUUAUUGGCAACCUGGCCCUCUCAGACCUGUUGGCAGGGGUGGCUUACAUAGCCAACCUGCUCUUGUCUGGAGCCACCACCUACAAGCUAACUCCCGCCCAGUGGUUUCUGCGGGAAGGGAGUAUGUUUGUGGCCCUGUCGGCCUCGGUGUUCAGCCUCCUCGCCAUCGCCAUCGAGCGCUACAUCACCAUGCUGAAGAUGAAACUCCACAACGGGAGCAACAGGUUCCGCUCCUUUCUGCUCAUCAGCGCCUGUUGGGUCAUCUCUCUCAUCCUGGGGGGCUUGCCCAUCAUGGGCUGGAACUGCAUCAGCACGCUGCCCAGCUGCUCCACCGUGCUACCGCUCUACCACAAGCACUAUAUCCUCUUCUGCACCACGGUCUUUACUCUGCUCCUGCUCGCCAUCGUCAUCCUGUAUUGCAGGAUCUACUCCUUGGUCAGGACUCGGAGCCGCCGUCUGACCUUCCGCAAGAACAUUUCCAAGGCCAGCCGCAGCUCCGAGAAGUCCCUGGCGCUGCUCAAGACGGUGAUUAUCGUGCUGGGCGUCUUCAUCGCCUGCUGGGCGCCGCUCUUCAUCCUGCUCCUGCUGGACGUGGGCUGCAAGGUGAAGACCUGUGACAUCCUCUUCCGAACGGAGUACUUCCUGGUGUUGGCUGUGCUCAACUCGGGCACCAACCCCAUCAUUUACACUUUGUCCAACAAGGAGAUGCGCCGGGCUUUCGUCAGGAUCAUGUCCUGCUGCAAGUGUCCCAGUGGAGACUCCGCGGGCAAAUUCACGCGACCCAUCAUCGCUGGCAUGGAGUUCAGCCGCAGUAAGUCAGAUAACUCCUCCCACCCGCAGAAGGACGAUGGGGACAACCCAGAGACCAUUAUGUCUUCUGGAAACGUCAACUCUUCUUCCUAAAAGUGAAACCUGCCAACCCGUGUGGAGUGUUCUUGCGUUGGUCGCCCACCACCCAAGUGUUUGGAAAAGAAAAAAAAAAAUCUCUGUGCCUCCUGUGGCUGCCAGGAAGGAGCUGCCAGGAGCCAGAGGGGGGGAGGCAGGGGGGCAAGAACAGCCUGGUGGUGCCUGACGUUGGUGGGUAGACUUGGUUCCUGUGAACAAUGCACUGGGAAGGGUGGAGAUCAGGUCCUCGCCUGGAGUCUAUUUCCGCCCCCACCCCCUCUCCUGGGGCUUUGAUUUUGCACUGAGCCAAAGGUCUAGCAUUAUCAAGCUCCGGAGGAGUUCAUCUGGCCCCUCCUCAAAGACUGAGGACCCUGUGUGAAAGCGUCUCUGUCUGGAGCUUUGAGGAGUUGUUUUCUCUCAGUUUAGUUGCCAACCCAGGUGAGCGUGUGCACUUCUGCUUUGCUAGGUUGCUCUACAGAUCCAACCCUCCUUCCCCCUUCACACCCAUCCUCAGCAUCUCUUUACUUUAUAUGUUAACUACCUGGGAUUCAGAGCUGGGGGCGUGGCAUGGUCCAUUCUUGAUCUUGUGUAGCAGGUGGGCUGUGCCCAGCAAGGAGAUGCUGGUGGCGGUGGUUUGGAGAGGUGAAACGAUGUCACCUGCCGGGGCCAAAGCGUCCACGUAAGCUGGAUGCCUUCUUUUUUUCUUGAAUCUGGUUGUUGUCACUUUCUUAGAAAAAAAAAAGGAAAAAAAAAACCUUUGCAGUGAAAUGUGUUACAGUAUCAUAUCCGCCAGGCUGAAAUCUGCAUAAAGAAGUUCAGUUUGUUUAAAUGACAUCAGCCAGGAUCCUUAGUGUCAUAGCAGAAACAAAAAAAGCAAAAUAGGGGGUAAAUGGACUGGAGGGUGACUGUAAACCAAGAGAGAUUUCUUAAGGAAUUUGUGUAACAAAUACAACAUGUCUUUGGCACUUUUGUUGA